AUGGGUGUCCCGGAAAGUGAUGAUAUGGAUACCCCAGAAGGGGAAAGAACAGAUAACGAGGAUAGUGGCAUUACGGGUAAUGUAAACAGUGACAUUACGGGUACAAUGGAGAGUGAAAAUACGAAUAAUCGUGAAGUUGAAAUUACGCGUAUUCCGGAGAAUGAACUUGGGGGUAAAAUUGAAACUACACAGUCACAAAGCCACGAGAGUAUAAACGACAGUACACCUAAAGGUUCUCCUAAUGACGAUACUUCUCUGAAAGGUAACGAUCAAGAAGCCUAUGUAAACCAAAGCCCACCGAUAAAGCUAAAUGACUUCGAAAAGCGCUACAGAAAGGACACGAACGAAAAGACGAUUCGCGACAUUGGAAGAGCCUGGGUGAAAGACAACUGUUCCAAACAGUGCCUGAAGACAACUCUGUUUAAAACCUUUCCAUUCCUGACGAUCAUGCGAGGAUACUCGCUGUUACGAGAUCUACCCAAUGACGUAAUCGCUGGUGUCACAGUCGGAAUUAUGCAAAUACCACAAGGAAUGGCGUACGCUAAUCUGGCGACUCUCCCGCCGAUCUGCGCCCUCUACACGAGUUUCUUUGCUCCCCUGAUUUAUUUCUUCCUGGGGUCAUCAAAACACGCGUCAAUGGGUACUACAGCUGUUGUGAGUCUCAUGCUUGGAUCUCUUUUGGAUUCUGCGUUUCCAUCUGAUGGUCUCGGGGGUACACUAGAUAGUACUGUCAGUUCCACCCAGUCUGGGUUUUCAGAAUUGGACAUGCGGAAAAUAGAACUUGUGACUGCACUCACUCUAGUAUCAGGGUUGAUAAUGAUUGUUCUAGGGAAGCUGGGGUUGGGGGUAGUGACGACGUACAUGUCGGAGCACCUCAUCAGCGGCUUCACGACAGCGGUCGGUAUCCACGUCAUCACCAGUCAAGCAAGCAUCCUGCUCGGGCUGAGGAUCGCCAGGUUUAACGGGAUAUUCAAGGCCAUUAGGGUCAUCCUAUCAACUGUUGUGUCAUACUUUUCCCAGUUUGGAGACAACUUCAACUUGAGAAUUUUGGGGGAAAUUCCGGCAGGGAUUCCCAACCCAACAAUUCCGGAUGUAUCUUUGGUGAGGUCACUCAUUGGUGACGCCUUCAUUAUCGGGGUCAUUGCGUUUGCGCAGUCCGUGUCCAUGGCGAAGACGCUGGCACUGAAGAAUAACUACACGGUUGAUGCCAAUCAGGAGAUGUUCGCCUACGGCGUUGGUAGUGUGCUGUCUUCCUUUUUCUCCGGCUACAUUACUGCAGCAUCAGUAGCAAGAAGUGCCCUUCAAGAGGGGGCUGGAGGCAAGACUCAGGUGGCGGCUCUGUCUUCAUGUUGCAUUGUCCUCGUAGUUAUUAUGGCUGUUGGUCCACUGCUGUACGCCCUACCACAGUGGAUCUGGGUUGUGACCUUCACCUCCGCUGUUGUACUAGACACAGACAUUGGACUGUUGAUUGGCAUCGUCUUCUCCGUGUUUUCAGUUGUCAUCAGAACUCAACGAUCAUCGUUCACUAAGGUCGGUCCCGUAUCAGAUUCGUGUCAAUACAGAUCGGAAAAACGAUAUGACAGUGUUCAAAAAUAUACAGGUACCGUGAUGCUGACUUUCAACUCUCCAAUUUAUUUUGCGAACGUUGAGAAGUUCAAAGAGGAUUGUUAUAAAGUUACUGCGAUAAACCCCAGAAAACUCAUAAAGACAAAGGUGUUAAAGGCACAUACACCUUCAAGUGAAGUGUCAGAGAUCGUUACGGAGUUUGAGUCUUGUGGUGUCCGAGUGUCACUGGUUGGCUUUUCGGAGACUGUCCUGGAUAUUCUGAAGUCGUGUGGAUUCCUGGAGUGUAUGCAAGAGAAUACGUUUUUGACAGUUUCUGGAGCACUACACACAGGUCAUGACAAGAACAUCUGA